AUGAUUUGCUUCAAUUGUGCGAGCAAUGCGACUGGAGAGUUGAGUUGCGAUGAGCCAUGUGACGGUGAUCAGUGUGCGAUUUGGAAGCACAAAUCGAGUAACGGAUCGCUGAGAGUUGAACAGGGCUGUCUCACGAAUGUCCCAUUGGCGAUCGGAUGUCGGCGGAAUCAAGUGGGCGCCCAGUUGUGCAUUUGCGACGACGGGGAUUUGUGCAAUCGAGUCGAACGAGCCGAGAACACCCUUCAACCAUUGCCCAUUCGCUUUCUGCCAUCAGUUUCUUGCGAAAAACACGUGGGUGAACGAGAUUUUUCCUAUAAAGCCAAGCACUUUUGCCGCUCGCAUUUCUGUCAUUACACGUUAACAACGACAAAUUUCGGCUCAACAGGAAGCGAUCAAGUGGUGUUGAGAAGUUGUGCCGAUCAACCUGAAUAUGAUUUUGAUUUGAAAAUUCAGAGUUCAAUGGGUUUUCUCGGACUUUUCCCGAAUGGUCUUUAUCGGUUUACCACUGUACCGAACACUGACGUUUUGACAUACGUUUGCUCGACGAACAAUUGUACAAGUCGAAGAUUACCCGAACUCCGCGAUGGGCUUAUUCAAUGUUAUAUCCACCCAAGUGCCGCGGAUCUCUCUCAAUCCAAACUCGGUCACCAACAUUUCUGCUAUGGGCAUUUUUGUUUCAUUCAGCAUCACAACGGAAAAAUCUCCAAGGGAUGUCUCUCGGUGAAUGAGGAGGGCACACGGUUUACGACAAGGCCGGGCUAUCGGCGAGUGAUGAAAACGGAGCAAUGGUUAUGUCGAUCACAUUUGUGCAAUUGGGAUUUUGAUCGAGUGAAUAGAUCAUGGCACCCACCAACAACUCCGUUUCCCAGAACCAAAAUAGCGAAUGCCUCUUUCAAAUUGUUUCCCAUAAUCGUGAUUCUCCUGAGAAUACUGAAAUUU